AUGGAAGAGAAGAAGAAAGAAGAGAAACCAAAAGAGCAACUUUCAGAAGAAUCAGCUUUCCAGGAAGCCUUACUGGAAUUUCAAAUUGAAACAAAAGAAGCAGCAAUUGAUCAGGUUUUGUGUGAUCUGAAACAAGUGGAAAAAAAGAACAAAGAAUAUCAUGAAAGAAACAACCAUCUGAAGGAAGAACAGCAGACACACAUCAGGCGUAUACUCAGAAAAAUAGAAGAAAAGGAGAAAGAGCAAGAUGAAAAGGAGGUUGUAACUAGGGAUGACGUGGAAGAGUCACUGCAAGCCACAUGGCAGUACGCUAAGGACAAAGAACAACUUCUGAAAGACCUGUGCUCCCAAACGGAAGAAAUUGACCGACAACUUUCAGCAAAGCAGAGUGAGAGGGAUUACUGGUUGGAGUACAAAAAUGUGGGAAGUAAAACACAUGCCAACAAGAUUAAGAAUCUGGAAAAAGACAUCAAGGAAGUCAAAGAUGACCUUCACAGGGCUACAGAAUAUUAUAGAAAGGCUUUGAAAGCAGUGAAAGAAGAAAACGACAGACUAGUUGAGCUGUACACGAAGAAAAGUAAGGAACAGGCACCAGAGAGUGCUGUAAGAUACUUAGACAAAAGCAGCAUCAGAGAAAUUGAAGAGAAUGAGUGGCUGAAAGAAGAGGUUAAAAUGUACCAAAAGAAAGUGAGAGACUUGAAAGCCUCUGUUCAGCUCCUAGAAGAAGAAAAUAUAAAUUUAGUGACAAAACUGAUUGAUGGCAAACUUCAGAAUCUGAGAGUACCCAGGCAUUUGUGUCUUACUCAGGCGGCUGGCUUGCAAGGUGAGUUCUCCCAGGAUGAAAUUAAAGGAGUAGAGCACAGAGAGUACUCAGCAAAGACAAAUGGAGAGGAAAGCCUCAGAAGCGCCACAGUGCCCUGUCAGAAGAAAAAAGCCUCUCCAAAGAUUCAGUCUGAAACAGAGGAUGGGAAGCCUCAAGACAGUGAUGAGGAGCUGCAGGAAAAAUCAUUGACUCCACUUCUUAACAGCUUGUAUGAAGUUGAAAAAGAUUUCCAGGAAUACUUAAAACUGGGUCCUCUGGAGUCAAAGCUAAUGUGUGUGGUUGGAAGAGCCAUGCCUAUUCACAAGGAGCCAGAAGAAACGCCAAGCAAGAGCCCCACGGAAGAUGGCUCUAUGGGUAAAUCCAACAGGCACAUCACAGCUCAGAUGAUCAAAGACUUGACUAAGGAACAGGUUGGUUAA